AGAAUGAGAUUUUUAGAGUGUCAAUAACAAUUCCCUAAUUUAAUUUUCAUCAUGGCAUUUGUGGCUAAAUCCACGGAGAAAACCAAGUAUCAUUAUACAUACAUAUAUCUAUAUAUAUACAUGUUCACCUCCAAUGCUUCAGUAGUUCUAAGCAUUCUCUCAGUGACUACUUCAUUUCCGAGAGAGAGAGAGAGAGAGAGAGAGAGAGAGAGAGAGAGAGAGAGAUGGAAGAUGAAAUAUUUCCUAUGAUGGGAGGAGAUGGCCCAAACAGCUACGCCAAAAAUUCUAAUAUACAGAGAAAGGCAGCUGAUGUUAUAACGUCCGGAAGAUUGGUUCCAGCAAUAUUCGAAAACCUCGACAUAGAAAAUCCGCAGCAGUCUUCCAUUUCAACUUCAUUCCGGAUUGCCGAUUUGGGGUGUUCGGUUGGACCCAACACAUUCAUUCAAGUCCAGAACAUAGUUGAUGCAGUAGCUCAAAAAUAUCAGCACACAAGAAUUCAAGUACCAGAAUUUCAUUUAUACUUCAGUGACCUUGUUUCGAAUGAUUUCAACUAUCUUUUCGCCACUCUCCCCCGAGACAGGCAGUAUUUUGUGGCGGGUGUCCCGGGCUCUUUCCAUGGAAGGCUCUUCCCUAAAGCCUCCCUUAAUUUUGUCUACUCGGCGUAUGCUCUUCAUUGGCUUUCCAAGCUUCCUCAAGAACUACGUGACCCGAAAUCGCCUGCAUUUAACAAGAAGAAGAUUUCAUAUGGCAGUGCGCCUUUUGAAGUUGGCCAUGCAUAUUCAGUUCAAUAUGCCAAGGACAUUGAGGCAUUUUUUAGCGCUCGAGAGCAAGAGCUUGUCCCCGGAGGAUUGAUGGUGCUUCUGAUUCCGGGGCGUCCCAAUUCUACGCUUCCGGCGGAGAGUUAUCCUGCCCCGGUUUUUGAAUCUUUGGAGUCUACUCUUUCUGACAUGGCGAAUGAGGGGUUAAUAUGUGAAGAUAAAUUUGAGUCAUUCAACUUGCCCAUCUACUGCCCAUCCGUGGAGGAGCUGCGAACCCUAAUAGAGGAAAAUGGUUGCUUUGAUAUACUGAAGCUGGAGCUCCAACCUCCGAUGUCUAUCAGCUUGCCUAGCGUGCAAGAAUGUAGAGCUGGGAUGGAGACCCUUCUCCAAAAACACUUCGGGGACGAAGCUAAUAUAGAACCGCUUUUUGAUCGGUACUCGAAAAAAACUACUGCUGGAAAUGUUGCUGAAGAUGGCAUGGCUGUUGGAUUCUUCGUCCUUCUCAAGCGCAGAUAUCUUUGAUUGCGUAAAAUGUGCAUGCUUAUAGUUAUAACCUGCUUAAUUGGAUAGGAAGUAAAAAUUGACGACUCUUUUUCCAUUCAAGGUGUGUGGAUGGUUGCAUGAAAACAAAAGGAGUAAUGCUAGGUAGAUCAAUUGUUUAGUUUAAAUUUGUAAACUAUAUGAUUUGCCCAUAAUAGAAAAUAAGCAUGUUCAUCAACACUUAUAAUUAGAAAAAUAUUUUAAAAUGCUAGGUAUUCAAGCGGGUAUUUUACGUGUCAUAAUAUAAGUAGAGAGAAACAUAAAACAAAAAUAUCAUUUUCUCUAUUUGUAUAAAGACGUGAAGUACCGCUUAAAAAAUCUCUCCCAUAUUUGUUGGUAUGACGAUUGGACACCUAGGUGUAUACGAAACUAGAAAUGAGACACAAAUGAGACACAUAAUUGGGGACAGCAGACCCCUAGCCAUGUUGUGGGUGGGGUGGUUAGCGCUUAGUAAUUAACCUUCCGUGAAUAAAAAUAUAAUUUCAAAGUCAUUAAAUGUCUUGCUUUUUGUGUAAAAAAAAAAA